UUAAACUCGCGCGGUCGAUCGCAGAAGUAAUAAUUCAUGAGGAUGUUUAUGUUAAUUUUCAGGGUUUAAAGGCCUUUCUUAACUUUGUGCGAGCAGUGUGAAUCCAGCGCGCGAAGCACGGAACACGUGAACAUCCAGCCUCGCUACUAUUCGCUUUCUCUCAGGAUUUUAAAGAUUCACUGUCCCUUUCUUCGACAGGACAAGAAAGAUCUAGCCCCACUUUUGUUUAAAAUAUUUAUCCAUAUUAGACAAUUUUGAGAAGAAUAUAUAUCGUCUUGAUCUCCUCGUCAGCAGCACGAGGCUCCACAGUUUUAUUUGGAGUCAUUUCGCCAUGUCGUCCGGGGACGCCGCGGAGAGCCGGCGGUUCUGUGUUCUGUCCUGGGAACAGGUUCGGCGCUUGGACUCUAUCCUCGGGGAGACCGUGCCGAUCCACGGCCGCGGAAACUUCCCCACGCUCUCCCUGAAACCCCGGCAGAUCGUACAGGCCGUACGGGCCCAGUUAGAGCAGAGGGGCGUGGCGGUUCGGGAUGUGCGGUUGAACGGUUCUGCGGCGAGUCACGUGCUGCACCAGGACACGGGUUUGGGCUACAAGGACCUGGACCUGAUCUUCGGCGUGAGCCUGGGGGACGAGCGGGCCUUCCGGCUGGUGCGGGACGGGGUGCUGGCCUGCUUGCGGGACUGCCUGCCCGCGGGGGUGAGCCGGGCCCGGCUCAGCGCUCAGGCCCUGGAGGAGGCCUAUGUGCAGAAACUGGUGAAGGUCUGCAACGACUCCGACCGCUGGAGCCUCAUCUCUCUGUCCAACAACACCGGCAAGAACCUGGAGCUCAAGUUCGUUGACACGCUGCGGAGGCAGUUUGAGUUCAGCGUGGACUCCUUCCAGAUCGGGCUGGACUCCCUGCUGCUGUUCGACCGCUGCUCAGAGACCCCCAUGUCCGAGAGCUUCCACCCCAGCGUCCUCGGGGAGAGCGUGUUCGGGGACUUCCAGGAGGCCCUGGGUCACCUGCGCGGGAGGACCAUCGCCACGCGCAGCCCGGAGGAGAUCCGGGGCGGAGGCCUGCUGAAGUACUGCCACCUGCUGGUGCGCGGCUUCCGGCCGGCCUCUCGCGGCGAGAUGCGCUCGCUGCAGCGCUACAUGUGCUCGCGCUUCUUCAUCGACUUCCCCGACAUCGGCCAGCAGCAGCGCAAGCUGGAGGCCUACCUGCAGAGCCACUUUGGCGGGAUGGAGCGGCGGCGGUAUGCGUGUCUGGCCACGCUGCACCGCGUGGUGGACGAGAGCACCGUGUGUCUCAUGGCCCACGAGCGGCGCCAGACCCUGGCGCUCAUCUCCGCUCUGGCGCUGCGUGUGCUGGCCGAGCAGAACGCCAUCCCCGCCGCCAACAUCACCUGCUACUACCAGCCCGCAGCCUACGCCCAGGACAUCAACUUCAACAACUACUACAUCGCCCAUGCAGCGCCCCUAGUGGCCACCGGCAGGAACUCCUACCAAACAUGGCUGCCCUGCAACUGACACAACCUUGUGCUUACCCAAAGGGAUGAUGGGAGUUUUCUUUUUUGACCUCCCACUGCCCCACCUGACAAAGUUCAUUGUUUUUUUGGGGGAGCCAAAUAUGGACUCAGCUGAACUUCUGCUGCUGUAUGUCUGAUUGGAACUGUUAUAUACUUAAAUAUGACAAUUUUAAUUUAAAUUUUCUUCUUUUCUUAUGGUUGCUGGUUCUUCUCUUAUGUAGUAGGAGUUUGGACAGGUUUGAUUGAGUCUUAUUCAAUUUUUUUGUGUAAAUGUAAAAAAAACAAAAAACUUCAAUUGCUAAAUUAAUCUAAAUUUGUUUCCUUUUCUAACUGUGGUUUAAAUCGGUCCCCUUUUAAAGGGACUUUUAAAGGACCAAAUAUUUCAUUUAGAAGGGAAUCUGACCAAGUGCCUGAAGUUGCUAGACUGCUCAACAUAGCAAAAGCCCUGUGAAAAGUGCUGUAUUAAGAGAUUUCUGUCUUCUACA